UUUACCUAUUAUACAGUAAUCGUUCGAAGCUGUGUUAUAUACAAUAAUUUACCAAAAUUUUUUCUUCUCUUUUUUUUUGUUGUCUUUUCAGAUAGAAAUGGAGCCAACUCAACGACUAGAUUUAUGUCGUAUCUGCUUCCAGAAGCAUCAUUUGCGUAACUGCAAAUUAUUUAAUGGUUUUUCGGUGAGGCAGCGCAUUUACACCGUGAGGGCUCACAGGUAUUGCCUAAACUGCUUAUCCCGUUCUCACCUGGUAAGGGAAUGUACCACCACCUCUUCAUGUCGCCGAUGUGGCGAGAUGCACCACACUCUUCUCCACACAGGACAUACGGAUUCUGAAGCGGUUGUUCCUCCUCAAAGGCGCUCCGUUCAAGAUCGCCUGCAAAUACCUUCCCGGGAUCGACGUAUCCCAAAUCGAGUGACACCUCCUCAACAACCACGGAGGCUGCAACAUUCAGCUCGCCCUGUCUCAGGUGACAGAAACCACCACCAACAUAGCCCUAGUGAAGAGUCUGGUUCCCUUCAGGUUGUUAGUAGUCGACGCAUGUCAUUCCGACGUCCUGUCAACUGA